GUAUGACAUAUCUCAUUCAGAGAAGAAACCCUAACAUCUCCAGUUCCCUUCCCACUCUUUCUUUUGAUCUCAUCUCAGAAAUACUCUCUAAGCUCCCUGUGAAGCACCUUCUCCAAUUCCGAUGUGUCUGUAAAUAUUGGAAUUCUCUAAUAUCAGAUCAUAAAUUCGCCAGAAAGCACCUUAAUGGAUCAAUCACACGUAGCAGCCUCCAAUGUGUAAGCUACCAUACUCCCUCAUCUAAUUUUAUUCUAAAAUCUUAUCCAAUUCAAUCCAUUUUCGCAGACAUAACCACUAACUUCAUUCGACCUGAGUUUUCAUCCAAUUUUAUUUUUAGACACAAUAUACAUUACAUUGUUGGCUCUUGUGACGGAAUUCUUUGUCUCGCCAACUAUUAUAAACCUUUAGUUGUUUUGUGUAACCCUUCCAUUAGAAAAUUCCAGGAAUUGUCCCCUUUUGAUAACCCACGAGUGGAUAGUCAGCCUAAUAUGACAUGUGGAUUCGGCUACGAUCAUGUUUCUCGUAACUAUAAAGUGGUUGUUGUUUACUACUUCUAUAAAAAAGGUAUUCCUGAAGACACAAGUAAAGUUAAGGUUCAUACUUUAGGUACUGAUUCUUGGAAAAGCAUUAAGAUGUUCCCUUCUGAUGCUGUUUUCAGUGAGAAAUCUGGAAAAUAUGUAAAUGGCACAAUUAAUUGGUUAGCCUUUCUUAAACGUCGUCCUAGUGAUCCACCCUUUAUUGUUUCUUUUGACUUGAAUAAGGAGUCUUAUCAAAAGGUUCUUCUUCCUGAUCCUGGAGGGAUAGAUGUGUUUAACUUGACAUCGUGUGUGUUCCGGGAUUGGUUGUGCAUUAUUUCUGAUCAUGAUGUUUGGGUCAUGAAGGAAUAUGGAAUUAAGGAGUCUUGGAUUAAAUUGUUCAAUUUUUCUUGCUUGCGGGAUCCAAUUAAGACUUCUAUCUUGACAAAUGUAAUAUAUAUAUUUGAACAUGAUCUUGUGCUGCUGGAGUUUAGUUGUCAUGAGAAAAACAAGUUGUUCCUGUACAAUUCCAAGAAUGGUACCUUUAAGAGUGUUGCUAUGUUUCGAAGCACCUUAGAAGUCUGUGUUGAGAGUUUGAUAUCACCUUGUUUUUAAUGCUAGGAUGUCACUUGAG